CGCAGAUUGGGCGCGCGAGGCAUCACGGAGCUCGUAGUUUCUAGGACAAGCCGCUCCCGGCCUCCCGGCCGCGCCUCCCCACACUACAACUCCCACGGGGCAGCGGGCGCGGCUCCCCGCACCCACCGGCUGGCCGGGCAGGGCAGCCACUUCGCGGUCGGGCCCGCCGGCUGCGGGCGCCCGCGCGAGGGGCGGGAAGAUGGCGGACGUGGUCGUGGGCAAAGACAAGUGCGGGGAGCAGCGGCUCAUCUCGCUGCCUCUAUCCCGCAUCCGGGUCAUCAUGAAGAGCUCCCCCGAGGUGUCCAGCAUCAACCAGGAGGCGUUGGUGCUCACGGCCAAGGCCACGGAGCUCUUUGUUCAAUGCCUAGCCACCUAUUCCUACAGACACGGCAGUGGAAAGGAAAAGAAAGUACUGACUUACAGUGAUUUAGCAAAUACUGCACAGGAAUCAGAAACUUUUCAGUUUCUUGCAGAUAUAUUACCAAAGAAGAUUUUAGCUAGUAAAUACCUGAAAAUGCUUAAAGAGGAAAAGAGGGAAGAAGAUGAGGAGAAUGACAAUGAUAAUGAAAGUGACCAUGAUGAAGCUGACUCCUAAACCAAAAAAGUGCUUUAGAAACCAGCCUGGCGAGGACGGCCCUGGACCCGCUCCACUGUCUCUAAGUAAACACAGCACUGCCCGCUUUUAGCGUCUUCACUUCUUCAUAGACUUCCAGUGCGUGGUAUGCUUUCGAGGUAUUCUUUCCAGGCCGAGAUUGAGCACCUCAUGCACCUACGCCACAAACAGCCAGAGGGAAAGCGACCCAGACAGCAGCCCCUCCUUGACAGGCCCACCCUGCAGCUCAGGCAGCAAGAAAACAGCCGAUACCGGCAGCCAUUGCAGCUCCAAACUGCAGAGGCAAGGCCAAUUUUAACUUUUCAAUUUACAGUCAAUUUUGAAGAGCUUCUACGUAUCAGUUAUGUAAAUUCGUAUAUUUUGGAAUCAGUUCUUAUAAACAGCUAGAUUCAGUUUUAGCUAAAUUUAUAGUUUAUAGGUAGUAUGUUGCAUUUGAAUUUUUGUCUUUUUUUUUUUUUUUUUGAGACGGAGUCUCGCUCUGUCGCCCAGGCUGGACUGCAGUGGCGCAACCUCCGCUCACUGCAAGCUCCGUCUUCCGGGCUCACGCCAUUCUCCUGCCUCAGCCUCCUGAGUAGCUGGGACUACAGGCGCCCGCCACCACGCCCGGCUAAUUUUUUGGCAUUUUUAGUAGAGACGGGGUUUCACCGUGUUAGCCAGGACGAUCUCGAUCUCCUGACCUCGUGAUCCGCCCACCUCGGCCUCCCAAAGUGCUGGGAUUACAGGCUUGAGCCACCGCGCCCGGCCUGAAUUUUUGUCUUAAGAAAAGUGGACUGUUCAGAUAUUUUUAUACUGUAAAGAAAUAUACUUUUCUAUUAAAGAUCUAUAUAUAUUUUUACAGUAAAAUGCCUUAUGGAACUAGUUUUAGAGCCCUCUAUGGCUUUAAGGCCUUGCUUACUGCCUGCAAAUUUUGAGAAAUUUAAAAAUAAGCAUUCUAACACUUUUAUUCCCACAGAAAAAUUCCAAGUCAAAUUAUCAAAUCAAAUACAAAAAUAAGUCUUACCUCUUGUAUAAGCAUGUUGUACUAAAAAAAAUUUUGAAACAUUUUGUAUAUUGAAGAUCUCUCUCAUCUUACUGUUCUUUGCUUUAAAUUCUUGGCACUUCUUUUUACUGUCUAUAAGAGAAAACCUAUCAUAAGCCCAAUUUUUUUUUUCUACUUAGGGUAAAUGUUUGGCUCCUCUCAUUUCAUUAUCUUUUUUUUUUUUUUUAAGACAGAUUCUCACUCAGUUGCCCAGGCUGGAUUGCGGUGGCACUGUCUCAGCUCACUGCAACCUCUGCCUCCCAGGUUCAAGUGAUUCUCCUGCCUCAUCCUCCCGAGUAGCUGGGAUUACAGGCGUGUGCCACCAUGCCCAACCUAUUUUUGUAUUUUUAGUAGAGACGGGGUUCACCAUGUUGGUCAGGCUGGUCUCAAACUCCUAACCUCAAGUGAUCCACCUGUCUUGGCCUCCCAGAGUGCCGGGAUUACAGGCGUGAGCCACUAUGCCUGGCCUUCAUUAUCUGUUUGUUUUUUAAAAAUAAAAAAGUUUAUGAUUUACAUUCAGUAAAAUCACCUUUUAGUGUCUAGUCUGUGAAUUUUGACAAAUACAUAGUUUUGUAACCAAUCAAUAGGACAGUUCUGUCACCCAGGACAUUCCCCUCUGUUCCCUGUAUUUAGUCUCUUCUCUUGACCCCUACCAACCACUGGUGUUUUCUGUCCCUCUUGUUCAUUAACAUUUAUUUUAAAAUAAAAUAUUUUAAAAUCUA